AGGGGGAUUUUUUUUUCUUCUUUCCCGUGCGCCGAGUUCUUGCCCCGUUGGUCGUUUAUACUCAUUUUGCAGUUUGUUAUCCGGUUUCUUAUUCCCCUACUUGGGAUUUUUUUUAUCGAUCUGCGAUUCGUCUGCAUUUGGGUCAUUUCUUGGGAAAUCUAGACCGCAGGUAGCUCUGUUCUUGUUAUUCUCUUAUCUAAUAAAGAUGCUCUGCUAAUUUUGUUUCGAUUUGAAGGGCGUCAGAGACCUACUUGUCUCUUUGAUUGAUGCAGUGUUUUUCCCCCCCCAGAGAUCCUAUGCCAGAUUCCACAGAGAAACACUUUCUUCUUCGAUGUCGAGAUUUUUCGAAUUUCUUGUUAUACGUUUUCACCACCCAAAACUGCAUUCUUUCUCGUCGCUAAAUUUUUUUCACCACCUCUCGCGCUACUGCCUCAAGAUCUGUUUGGGUUUGGUUUAUCGUUUACAGCUUAUGAACUAUAUAUAACCCUCACGAAAAAAGGGCGGAAAUAGAAAGAAACACGAGAGUGCGUUCCGUUUCCGUGUAGAAAGGCGACACCUUUUUUGGCACCCAGCAUUUCCUUUCCUUGUUUUCCAAUUGGAGGAAUACAAUGCCGUAACGAAACAAUCAAACAAGGAAGGCUCUUUUGCAUCCCUUUUUUGGGGGCCAUUGCGGUGUUGAUAAGAAAAGGAGAUAGCUCCCUGUACCAGUCCUGUUUCGAUUUCCUCCGCGGUUUUGAUUUCUGAGGCCGUGAGUGUCAGGCAUGGAGCACUGCUAUUUGAGGCAGCCGAUCCCGAGGGCCGAGGCAAUGCCUGAGAGGAGGUCCAGGUUCUGGCAGAUGGAUGCGCCGCCGCCGCCCCGGGCGGAGGUCAUCUGCCCUCAGCCUCGCCGUGCCACCCGGACUCCCUUCGCUGUGGAAACCGUGAACAAAGCCAGCCCCAAGACGAACGGUGCAUUUCCGCUGUACAGAUCAGACUCCACUUGUGAUAUACUUGAUCUUAUCCUCAGUAAGAAUGACUCAGAUGGAGAUUCGAGCAGCCAGGUCGGCUUUUUAUGUGGCUCACCUCCAGUACGCACUAACAACCCUGUUAUCCAUGAUCCACAGUUUGGUAAAAAAGUGCCAUCCUUUUCUCCUUUAGGGAGCUCCUAUGGCAAAGCGCCAACAGUAAGAGUUGAAGUAGGCUCGCCAUCUUGUGGUGUUAGCAGCAGCCCAAAAGUAAGAAUCGAAGGUUUCGCCUGUGGCAACUCUGAGACCCACUAUGCAGUUACCUUUGUCUGAGCAUUUCGUUGUUAUGUUCCUGAUUUUGCCCUCGGACCGACCGUUCCUUGUGAAUCACCAUGGUGGCGUGCAGGAUAUAAGUAGUACCUUUAAGCUAGCCUGAUUAGAGUCGCCUUUUGCCCUUCUGACUGGCAUUUGAAACUGCACAAUUGCAGUGAGCAGUAAGAUGUAUAUAAGUGAGGUCCCCGCAUAUGUAACCAUAUAUGAUGUAUGUGUCUAGAAUGUAGCUGGAGUUCUGGUGUUUCAUGGAUAAUGAGCCUCUGUGAAUAUAGCCGUUUUUUUUUUUUUUUUGCAUAAGGUACAGCAUGGAGUUUUCAGUUAUAAUGAAUGCAUCUUUGUUUUGUGUCA